CGCCUUUUUAGUUGAACGUGGCAUGGAGCUGCACUGCGAAUGGGCCGGCAGCAAUGGCUCGGGAUGCCACAAGGCGGACUGGCCUGCGUGUGGCUACGACUGGCUCGCUGGCGUCCCCGUCAGCGCUCUCUGGCUCGUGUGGCUUUUCUACGGCGGCACGCGCCUCCUUCAGACACUCAAUGGCUUUCACUUUGAUGCUGCAACGAUCCACGACCCAAUUGCACAAGGCAUGGCGAUCGCGCUCUCGCAGCGCAAGUCCGAGUCCCGGCGUCGGCCCCGCUUCCAGCGCUACGUGAAGCUCUGCGCCAUGUGGGCCGAGUGGCCGUCGUUCACAUAUACACCGCUCACGAUCGCCUUGAAAGCGACGGGGGCCGAAAGCUACGUGAGCCCGCUCGCCUUGUCGUUCAACUUGCCGACCGAGGCGUGGAACCUCGGUGUUGUCGUCUUUUGCGGCAGUGUCGUGCUUGUGCUGCGCAUUGGCGCAUCGUCGCGCAAUCAGACCAAGUGGCUGCGACGUUAUGCGUACCCACUGGUGUUUGACAUGUUGUACAUCCCGCUCGUUUCGACGCUAGUCCGGCUCGGAACGUGUCCGACCGAGUUUUCGCACGUCGCGUUGCCCAACGGCGCCACGUGCGACUGCAUCGACGCCUUUGGUAUCUUUUGGGCGGCGGGGCUGACGGGCUUUUUUGUGUUGUAUGCAUCUGCGCUCUACUAUAAGAUGCACAUUGAGCCUUUGGCGACCACGAUGGAAUUCCGGUUCCAGCCCAGUUUUCAGAUCAUCAUGGUCAUGGCGCGGACCCUCAACCCAAUCGUAUCGAUGCUCGUGAGCGACUUGGACUUGCGCGCCAGACGCGUCAUCGCGCUCUUGAUGGGGCUAGGGUUUCUGAGCUGUUUUGUGCUACUGCUGGUAUACACGUACAAAACGCAGCCGUGCAUUGGCAGCGGCCUCAUGCCCAACAACAUUCGAUUUCUGUCGUUCUCUAGCGCCGGCUACACGUCCCUCGUCGUCCUCGUCGUUCUUGUCGCCAACGCCGACAUGACGGCAUUGUACUUUGCGCUGACGCCCCUGCCGCUUCUCUGGGUGCUCGCAUGGCGCCUCAAUACACGCCGCGCACUGCACUACCACAUUCCGCAGCAGUCGAUUCUCGACUUGCUCUGCGAACCGUCGCCGCAAGCCAAAACGGUAGGCGCGAUCGCGGCCUUGUACAUCGACGCGACCAAACUGCACCCGCUCGAGCUCGACGCUAUUCUGGUGCAGCUCACGCGUCUCGCCAAGCGAUCGCGCACGAAAGAGCUCCUCUGCCGCGCCUAUGCCAUCCGGAUUUUAUGGUUUGCCCAUAUCAAGAAUUUCCGAAAACAAAAGCUGUGCAUUGGGGAAACUCAGGAAGACGCUGUCGUGCCGCCCAAAUUCUGGUUCAAGGACCUCGCGAAUCCAAACCGAGCGCAGUGGACAAGCAAGGUCAUGGCGAGUAGUAGCGGGCUUUCAGCCGUCGCUGACUCACUUGCCGCCAGCAAAAAACGCGUCAAGCUCCAUCGUGUCGAUCAUGUCCUUACGGUGGCCGUCGCCGAUGACCGCGCCAAGGCACCUGCGACAGCGUUCCCAACGUCAGGCUCCCGCCGGAGCACCGUUGGCCGACUCCAACAAUUGCUUGCACCGAGCAGCAGCCGCAUGUACCGGGUCUCGGUCGUCGCAGCCGCGUCGACGCAGUUUGAGGUUGUCGGCAUCCGCGACAAGCACUGGAUCUCACUCAUCGAGGCACCAAGCGACGCAGUUCAAGAAGCACGGUCGCUCUACAACGACGCGCAGGAGCUCCUCGCGCAGAGCUGCGCCGCAAGCGACCACCGUGCAAUGACGGAGAUUUCACUGUUUUUACUUCAAUGGUACCGGUCGCGGUACCUCAAGCCGAGCAAGACGAUCUAUGCGCACUUGCUUGCGACGCUGGCCGGCUCGAACGACCGCAAGUUUGCCAUGGACGCCACCUACACGCUCUACAAGCUGCACCUCGACGGGGUUCUUCCCAACGACUUUUGGCUCCGGAACGUCUCGCACCUCAACACAUUUCUGACGGUAUUAAGCCACGCGAGCGCACCCACCGUCUACUACGCAACACACGUGCUCAACCUCGUGCUGGAGGUGGCCGAGACCGAGUCCAAAGUCAACUUGUUUGUCCUCUUGACGCCCGAGUCGAUAGCGAGCAUCCAGACAACGUUCAAGAAGUGGCACGACGAGUACCAACUCAGCGCCGCGUUGGAGGAUACGUGCACGCGCCUCUACAACAUGGAGGUAGCCCAGCGGCUCUUGCAGCAGGCGCGCCGCCCGAGCAAGCGCCGGCGCAGCUCGCUCAUCGAGUGGGUCACCCAGCAGCGUAAAGCGCUGAAGAAGACGAUCGCACACAUCAUCAUACCGUCCAAAGAGAGCGUCCGGACGCGGCGAUCGACGGUGGACCUCCGCAAGAUGCCAGCUAUGGUGCAAAACGCGGCGCGGUACGGCAGCAUGCCAUUAAUGGCGCGUCAGCCACUAGUGCUGCAAAUCAACCGAAGUAUUGCGUCGCACGGGUCUGACGUCAUGCAUCCGGACAAUGAUAGCGAGGGCUUGACGCCACCGGCUACCAACACCGACGACGACAAUGUGAGAGCAACCAAAGGAGACGCGUGCAACCCACCAAUCGAACGCCCGGCGCCGGUGGAGCCUACGGAGUACGGUCGGCUCUUGCAAAACCCGGACGAGCUCAUCUUUGUGACGCGGCCGAUCCUGGACGAGAUUCACCGCCGACGCACGCUUCGGCGGGCACUUGAGCUCGAUUUGGCGCGAGCAUUUGAUAUCGUCGAAGAGGCGGUGACGGCCCAUGACGUGGCCGUCGCACUCGCCAACGCUGCGCCUAGUUAUGCGAACGCUACACGAGCGGAAAAGGGUGUGCGCUUCGCGGCUUUGUUGAAAGCGGCAUUGACGCCGACUUGCGCGCCUUCUUCAAGACGCACGUUGCGCCGCGCUUGGCGGCGAUGGUCGAGCCAAGCCGGCGAGAACGGCGGAUCGUGCUCCCGUGGAGUAGAAAAGGCCCCAAGAUAUAAGCUACGAAGCAACAACUAGAAGUGUCAGGGCUGACACGUCUCGAUCUCUCGGAUCCGCAACAUGAUGACUUGUAAGUCUAGUAUUUACUAUUCA